AUGCCUCUGCCAACCAGCGGUAAAGGCCUUGAGCUGCUUAUCAUUCAGAUCUGUUGCAGCGUAAUUGUCUACAUCUCAGCAUGUCUACGACUCUGGGCCCAACACGCCAAUAAAAACAGGCAACUACAGCAUAAUAAUACCGCCAAAAAGAAGCAGUCACCACAUGAUAUACUGAUGCUUGCAUCUGUGCUUCUUUACACCGUCCAGACUAUCAUUGUAAUUCGAGGCAUCAUCGAGGGUGGCAUCGGACAACAUGCAAGCAAGAUCGACAUCGCGGAGGUUACCAAAGGCUUUCAAACGUGGUACUUCGGCGAACUCAUCUAUGCCGUGCUUUCAUGCCUCGUCAAGACCUCUGUAAUUUUGUUCCUGCAAGAAGCAUACAUCGGCCGAAGAAAAAUAAGGAAAGCUACUGAUAGGCGCAAGAUCUGCUGGAUUUUGUAUAUUUGUCUCGCUGUCAUCUGGGCAACCUCGAUCGUGUUCCUAUCUGCCAGUAUCUUUCAAUGCUCUCCGCCAAGCCAUUAUUGGAAACAGUUUGAGAAUCCUAGCAGUGAAGGCGCAUGUUCGAAGAGCGUGGUACCAGCUGCUGGUAUUGCUCUUAGUAUAGUUUCAGCCGUCAGUGAUUGGGUUUUAGCAUCGGUGCCUACAGUCGCUCUGUUGAAGACACAGAUCCCAUGGCAAAAAAAAGCCGCCAUCCAAGCUCUGUCAAGCUUAGGAGUAUUCCGAACCUCGUCGAGCCAGGGCCCUCCUGUAACGGGGAACUGGACUUGCCGCACUCAUGUUGAGCGAGGGCUAGGGCCGAGCGAGGAUCUUGAUGAUGGAGAAAUCUUAGUGUACCUGGGGCAGGUUAGCUCCUCUACCCAUGUUGCAGGACAACCUGACUGUCCAUCCAAAUCUGGGAAAUAUGAGGAUCUUGAUAUACGGAUAGUAACUGCUAUAAUCGAUGUAACGAGAAAUUGGAGCCGGUAUCAGCGUUUUUGGGACGCCACUGAUGGUCGCUCAUCGUCACUGGUCUACAAAUAUGCCAUGGCACCGACGACUGCAGAUGAUGUUCUCGCCGACAACAGAUGGAUGACGGUUUCUGAGCAAUGUGGCAGUCUCUCAAUACAGCUAACGCCGCUUCUCGCUGAGCGCCUUGACGCUACCCAACAUACUGCCGGAAUGGCUCUCCUUAUUGGCUCACCAACCUCAGGUGAAUUGUCAGAUCAUUUGAAAGGGACCUCAUCAGAUGGAGAUAUCCUUCUCAACGUAGACCCACGGACUAAAGUCCUGCAUGUCGCUUGUCCGACACUUGCAAGACAUGUAGGUACGGAAGACCACUGCCCUGGCGACAACAUCGAGUGGGCUAGGGUGAGCAAUGUAAGAGCCUCUCAGUCCCUAGCUGCCAUCUAUUCUCGCCUAUUGGGCCCGUUCACCCAUGUAGUCUGUGUCUUCGCCUCGAGUUUCACGUCCACAGCCGAGCUUGGUACCUUCCUAUCGACAUGGCUGCGGUCCGCCUGGUCUGGGACGCAGAUUUCUAACUCUUCUUCAGCUUCUGCACAUUCAAUGCCCCAUGAUUUACUUGUAGCUCUGCCACGCCUUAUUGUUCUGACGGAGGAGAAGUCUUUCCCCGGCAGCGAUGUUUUGGAAAAUCUCAAGGCAUCUCUGGAAGCCAUCGUCUUUGAGCAGACAGGAUUCUUUCUCAAUAGAGCCUUCUCUAGCUUUACUGUGAAAGAUACUUCAACGGAAGCCUGCCUACUUCGACAGCGUCGAUACACAAAGCUGACGGCUCUUCUGGCGAGCGAGUGUGCGGCGGCGCGGAGAACGUUCGAACGCUUAAAUAUGCUCUACCAUACACACACCAUGGUUGACUUAUUCUCUAGGGCUUAUCACUGCCUCUUGAACAAUGAAGUGUUUAAUCCAGUUGCAGCUUCGCGGGCAUGGAGUCCGGUACCACCAAAUGCGGCACAGCAGAUAGUAAGAUUUCUAUCUGAACAUAAGGAGGAAGAGACUCUCCGAACUUUUGCUUUACCAUAUCUGAUCUCUGCCAUACGUGCGAACGCGUACCCGGCUGAAGCUCAUCCUUUUGGCUUUCCACUCAUCUUUGACACUCUCUACAAAUCCAUCUGGCACCACGCCGCUCGCACAGUGUGCUUGAAAACAGACAUGUACCUACUGGUUGAGAAUAUGGUGAGAGACCCUGUGAAUACCGUGGUCGCUGUAGAUAACGACGGUACUACGACCCACGUGAGGACUGUGAAGUCUAUGAGCCGCCUGAACUCCACCAAUUCCCAGCACACCGUGACAUUCGUAGAUUCAAAAUCCAAUGACAAAGGCAAUGACAGACAGACACAGCCGAAAAAGGUACCGACAGGUCGUCUCUGCCAAGAAGGUGACACGGUGGAUUUGGAUACGCCCAUGAGCUCACACGAGCGUCGCCACCUCUUAUUUCUAGCCACCUCUCGUGAUCGCUGGCGGUCGCAUAAAGUCCACGACUACUGCCCUGCUUGCAUUCUACGACGACCUGAGUAUGGGUUACCCUGCGGUCAUAUGUAUUGCGAGUAUGACAUUAGACGUCUGGGACGGAAAAUACGGCGUGAAACCUACGCUGUUGAAGAAUGCACCUGUUGUCAAGCUUGCUUCACCGGCGUAGUUUUCAAAUUUCGGCCUAAGACAAAAGGUAUCAGGGUCCUUGCUCUUGACGGUGGUGGAGUCAGAGGCAUCAUAAUGCUGCAAUGUCUACACAUGUUGCAGUCGAUGCUGUGGGUCUUCCUUCCUGGGAUGCCCAUAAUAGACCUUUUUGACGUUUGUGUCGGGACAAGCUCAGGUGAGUGAUCAAAAAGGUUUAUCUUGAGACUGAAGGCGAGAAACAAAUAUCAGGGUAGAGGCUGG